AUGGGGAAUUGGGGUUUACUUCAGGAUGUGAUAGAUGUUAUGGCGUUAGGAACGCCGGUUUCGAAGGAUUGGUUGGUGAAGUUGGCGGGGGAAUCGAAGGCUGGGUUUGUGGCUGCACUAUUGCUGGAGAGGCAUCAGAGUGUUUUGGAUCUUUGUUUGUGUAAGAAUUGUCAGAAGAGGAAAGGGAAAUUGGGUGAUCAAGGGGAGAAGAGGGAGUGUUUGGGAUAUUUGGAUGCUUUGGAGGUGGAGGCGGAUCGUGAUUUUGGGGAUACUGGUGGUCAGAAUGCCGAAAGUAGCAGCAUUUAA